CCCCGGCCGGCGUGCGGGAGUGGAACCGGCGCGAGCGGACGCUUGGAGGGCCCGCUGCUGCCAGCAGGGACGGGAGCGAUGUUGCUGGCGGCGCGGGCCGAGUAUCUCGCGCCCUGGUGGACGUCGUGGUUACACGGGCUCCCCCAUUUGAGCUUCAGCCUGCGACCCGUGCCCAACGCCUUCCGCCCGAGGGACGACGACUACCAGCAGUCCUUGAUCCUCUUGGCUCUGACCGGAGUUCUAUUCUUGGGUCUCAACCUGGUUUUCCUUGGCAUCUAUCUCAUCUGCCUAUCUUGCUGCAAGAAGGGGGAAGAGUCGGAGACUAAGAAGCCCAAUUCUUGUUGCAUCACCUGGACUGCUGUGGUAGCUGCUCUCAUGUGUUGUGCGGCUGUUGGCAUUGGGUUUUAUGGCAACAGUGAAACCAACGAUGGGAUUUAUCAGCUGAUCUACGCCCUUGAUAAUGCUAAUCAUACCCUCUCAGGGGUUGAUUCACUGGUCUCAGGCACUAGGACACAGAUGAAAAUAGUUCUGGAGCAGCACGUGGCCCGCCUGAAUGAGAUAUUUGCAACCCACAGUGAAUAUGUACAAACGCUGAAAUUCAUGCAGCAGAUGGCAGACAAUAUUGUGCUGCAACUAUCAGGGCUUCCUGUGUGGAGUGAUGUCACUGUAGACUUGUCUAUGAUUGCCAAUGAUGUCAGCUAUGUAGAAUAUUAUAGAUGGCUCUCUUACCUCUUGCUGUUCAUUCUGGACUUGGUGAUUUGCCUUAUUGCUUGCCUGGGGCUGACUAAGCACUCCAGAUGUCUGCUCAUUACGAUGCUGUGCUGUGGACUUUUCACACUUUGUCUCAGCUGGGCUUCCUUUGCAGCCGAUGUUUCAGCAGCAGUGGGUACCAGUGACUUUUGCGUGUCUCCAGAUAAAUUCAUUCUGAAUAUGACAAAAAGUGACCUCAGUGCAGAAAUCGUACAGUACUACCUGUAUUGUAGACAGAGUCCGACCAGCCCCUUUCAACAGGCCCUGACUAUUUACCAGCGUUCUCUCACAACCAUGCAGAUCCAGAUUCAGGGUCUUGUGCAGUUUGCAGUGCCUUUUUUCCCUACAGCCAAACUUUUGCCCUUGCUGCAGAAAGACCUGCUUGAUAUGCAGAAGUUACUGAACUACUCUGAAAUCAACCUCCACCAGCUGACUGCCAUGCUGGACUGCAGGGGCCUUCACAAGGAUUACCUGGAUGCCUUGGUUGGGAUCUGCUACGAUGGGGUGGAAGGCUUGCUCUACCUCACCCUCUUCUCUCUGAUGGCUGCUGUAUCCUUCUCCACCAUCAUAUGUGCCAUGCCUCGAGCCUGGAAACAUUUAACCAGCAGGGAUCGGGAUUAUGAUGACAUAGACGAAGAAGACCCCUUCAACCCACAGGCUCGACGUAUUGCUGCCCACAAUCCCAACCGUGGGCAACUCCGUAGUUUCUGUAGCUACAGUAGCAGCCUGGGCAGUCAGACAAGCCUUCAGCCUCCUGCCCAGACCAUCUCCAAUGCACCAGUGUCUGAGUACAUGAACCAAGCUGUGCUCUUUGGUGGGAAUCCACGAUAUGAAAACGUCCCCCUGAUUGGAAGAGGAUCACCUCCCCCCACGUAUUCUCCAAGUAUGCGAGCCACCUAUCUUGCGGUUAAUGAUGAUUUCCGGCGACAGCCUAGCAACGAAUUUCCAGCCUAGCACUCAAAUCAUAGAGAAGAAGCCACCCACAAUGCUAUAGUGAAACGCAA